AUGCCGCAGGGCGAGCACAUCGAGCUUCAUCAGAAGCGUCAUGGCUUCCGCUUGGAUCACUUCGAGCGGAAGCGCAAGCGCGAGGCUCGCCAAGUGCACAAGACGUCUCAGAUCGCGAGAAACACUAUCGGUCUCAAGGCGAAGAUGUUCGCGAAGAAGCGUUACCAAGAAAAGGCGACGAUGAAGAAGACUCUGGCAAUGCACGCGGAGCGGACGAACAAGCACAAGGCGGACGCGCCAGUGGCGGAGGGAGCGGUGCCGGCGUACCUGCUGGAGAGGGAGGCGACGGCGCGCGCCAAGGUGCUCAGCAACACCAUCAAGCAGAAGCGCAAGGAGAAGGCCGGCAAGUGGGACGUGCCCCUGCCCAAGGUUCGGCCGAUUGCUGAGGAUGAGAUGUUCAAAGUGGUCCGAUCAGGGAAGAGGAAAACCAAGCAGUGGAAAAGGCUAGUGACUAAAGUCACCUUUGUGGGACCGGGUUUCACUCGCAAGCCACCCAAGUAUGAGCGCUUCAUCCGCCCCAUGGCUCUGCGCUUCACCAAGGCGCAUGUGACCCACCCAGAGCUCAAGUGCACGUUCCAUCUGAACAUCAUCAGCGUGAAGAAGAACCCCAACGGCCCCAUGUACUCGUCCAUGGGGGUCAUCACCAAGGGAACCAUCAUCGAGGUGAACGUGAGCGAGCUUGGGUUGGUCACACCGGCUGGCAAAGUCAUUUGGGGUAAAUAUGCCCAAGUAACCAACAACCCAGAGAAUGAUGGUUGUAUAAAUGCAGUAUUGUUGCGUCUCGCAAUGGCGUGUCUCGCGUUAGCGCUGCAGCCAGCACAGGGACCAGACCUGCUGCUUCAGACCAAGGUAUGGUUCCCCCCGAAGCGCGCGUUGGCGGCGUGUCAGAGCUUCCGGUCGACGCGGCACGCGGACAGCAGCGUGCGGCACCACGAGCAGCCGGCGAACCAGGCGCUCAUGCUCGACCGCCUGGGCGACGACCCUCUGGCCGCCGCGAGCGGACAAGUCGUCGUCGGCAGCGACCGACGGUACCGUGUGGUGUACCGGCUGGUGAACAGCAUAUACGUGCUGGGGCUCAUGCUGGCGGACGACGAUGAGACGUCGCUCAACGUCUACAGCUGCAUCAGCACCGUCAACCAGGCCGUCAGUGUGCUGGUGGCGGCGUGCAAGGGCGUGGACGUCACACCCGAGAAGAUAUUCCGCAAGUACACCGAGGUCUACAUGGCCGCUGCUCGUGCCGCUCGCCACCAACACGCUCGCUGA